UGACGAAGAGGUCCUUCGAGCGUCCCCGUUGCAUAGGAACGGGAUCUGCGGCGACAUGCAGCAGCUACAAACUUUUAGCAUCUUUUCAGCUCGAUGAGCGGGAGACAACAGCCACAUUGUCCCCGGGACAGACAGAAAUAAGACACACAGGACAGGCGGUGACAUCUGGAUCCUGAGCUAACAGGUGCUAUCAACGUUAACUCAGCGUUAGCCGACUGUUACCCGAGGUUAGCAGCCGUCAGCUCGUUCAGCGCGUUAAACAUAGAAAUAUAAUCAAUGAUUGAUCGAUCAUUAAUCUCGGUUUCACGUAGCAUCAGUGUCGUCGAUGUGAGAGCCCGACGAAUGACGUGAAAUGAGCGACAUCACGCCGAAACCACGCCGAUGUUGACCUCAGCUAACCGAUGCUAGCUCCCACAGGAGCUUAGACCUUUUUCUUUUAAUUCAGGUGUUGAUCAUUCCCGGUUUGAAGCAAUAGAAAGUUUUUAAAAAAGAGAGGAAAUGGCUGGCGACGCUACCAACAUCCCUGAACUGGACCAGAAGAAGUACGACGCAGACGAAGAAGUGAAGAUCAUCUGUCUGGGAGACAGCGCGGUUGGUAAAUCCAAGCUGAUGGAGAGGUUUCUCAUGGACGAAUAUCGUCCCCAGCAGUUAUCAACCUACGCUUUGACUCUCUACAAACACACAGCCACUGUAGGAAACAAGACCGUAGCUGUCGAUUUCUGGGACACUGCUGGCCAGGAGAGAUUUCAGAGCAUGCAUCCCUCAUAUUACCACAAAGCACAUGCAUGUAUCAUGGUUUUUGAUGUUCAAAGGAAGAUCACGUAUAAGAAUCUGGCCAACUGGUACAGGGAGCUGAGAGAGUACAGACCAGAGAUACCCUGUUGUGUCGUUGCCAACAAAAUUGAUGCUGAUUUGAAGGUGACACAGAGGAGUUUUAACUUCGGGAAGAAGCAAGGACUCCCAUUUUACUUUGUGUCAGCAGCUGAUGGGACUAAUGUAGUUAAGAUGUUCAGAGAGAUGAUCAAGAGAGCAGUGGAUUACAAGCAGAACCCCAGUGACUUCAUGGAUGAAGUGAUGCAAGAAUUAGAGAACUUUGACUUGGAGAAGAAGGAAGAUACUUCAGAAGCAGACGAGGACGGAUUGAAAGCAGAGAGUCCUGAGUUGGUCUCAUAGAUGUUUACAGAUCCUCCAAACCCUCUUUUUGUCUCAUGGAUAAUUUAUCCUCCUCUGGGGUUGAUGCUGUGAAUAGAUGAUGCUUUUAGUCAAAAUGACAGAGGUCUGACUCUCUGUGACGAACACCAUCAACAGGCACAUUGUUUGUGCCAACGUGAUUUUGGUGGCCUGCUUCGUAACUCGAGCACUGGAGCUGGGCAGACAUUCUUUUAGUCAGGGUUUCUCAGUCACUGCUCUCCAUCUGUCCGGUGACAUUUGCAGGGAAAUUAACCUGGUGGAAAAAUUAGGAAUUGUGUUGUGUACCAGGUUCAUUUAUUUUAGCAUUGACGUUCAUACUUUGACUAACAAUAUCUACUAUAAAAAUAGUAGAACAUCCUACAAGACUGAAUGUUGUGUUUAUUUUGUGUCAUGUAACAAGAAUGUGAAACGUUGAAAAGUAACUUGCACAGAACAAAGAGAACGUGUGAUUAUAAAUGGUAUUUGCUGCUGUUCUCGAUGUUUGUGUGUAGUGUUGUGUGCAGUGCCAGUGGGGAGCUGCAUCUGUUGGCUGCUUUUGUUUAUGAUGUAAGAGUCUGUUUUUCAGCGCCCUUUAAAUGAAAAUUUAAUGUACCGUGUAAACAAAUUACUAUGUGUCUCUUUUUUUCGCUGUGAUCCAGCAGCAGGGACAAGAGGACUGAGUCAUCAUCUUUGGCAAAAUAUGAGAUGCAACCGCCAAUCAUGUUUGAGUAGAUGUCAGCUGUAUUGGGCUCGGCCAGCUGUGUCCUUUGUGGGGGGUUUGAGAUGGUUGUGUGUACAUUCAUUCAUUUAGACAGCAACGAUGAAUGAACUUUUAAUCCUGGCAGAUUGUGAUGCUCAUUGUAACACCAAUUAUUUCUAUAUGAUGAUAAUUCUGUACACAAACCAUGUAAAUGUAUUUUCUAUUUAUAUUUGACUGUAACUCAUAAUAAAUCACACUGAAACAUAAUUUUAGCACCGAGACACUGAAUCAGCAGGAACAAGACUGUGAUGAAGUUUAUGUUUUAAUUAUAAAUUUAUUACAUAAUAUAACAAACAUAUAUCUCUGUGGUGGAGAUAUCCUGGGCAACAUCUCAGAUCUUGCCUCAACCUUCACUAUCACCCUUACUCCGUUUGCAUGAAGAAUACUAGGUAGCUUCUGGUUAACUUUGAUUUCGACUUGGAGCUUUGACGUAUUAAAAUGAACGGGGUUGCUGUCCAGAAGUCACAGAUGAUGAUUGCCCGCUCACUGGAUGGAUGCUGAGAAGGGGUAGUUCACCCGUGAGACAAGGCUGAGGCGUUGCAGUGAUACGUCCACCAUUCUAAACUUCACAGUGCAAACAAGGAGAAAACCAACAAUGAAAGAAAAAACCCUUUGAUGAUAAGAUCACUGGUUCUAGUGGGUGACCAGACCCCAGUGGGUUUUUAAAAAGGUUACACUGCUCCCCCUACACUAUGUAGAUUGUGCUUUGUUGAUUAGAAAAUAAGACAAAGAUAACCCUUCACUGAACUUAUUUGACCUAAUGAUGUGUAAGUCUGUUACACGUUGCUCUGUAGCAUCAUUUUGCAUCGGUAUUUGUGGUAAACUUACACAACCAUCUGGACCAGGUAUUCACUACAGCAUUGUUUCUUCUAACCAGGCCAGCCUGUAUGAGACUAUACACGUUCACCUCUAAGUGUUAAUAUUUAUAUGGGAACAGUAGGCCAAGCUGCAUAAUAACCAUCACAGUAAAAUCAAGCAGUUGUGAUUCUUUGUCUUAAAAUUUAAAUAUAAAUGUUAAUGCAAAGCUCACAGGUAGAUAUACACAGGCUAUACAUACAUAUAUAUGUACAUAUACAUAUAUAUAUAGCCUGCAUCUUUACAAAAUAAUAACAAUGACUGCAUUUCCACCUGUAGGAAAUACAGAAGGAUCUAACAAAUGUCUGUAGUUCUCAAGAUUUCCAGGAGAUGGCACCAUAUUAUUGAGUCUAACAGCUCAAGAAUGCUGUAACUAAGAUAGUCCUAAAGCAAAGACAAAUAUACAGUUAAAAGUUAAGUUAUUUUUUGGCACAUUUUUCCUUUGUGUUGUUUGUUCCUCACUGGAUCACCUCAUAUAGCAUAUCCCAAAACUCAGAAACUGAAGGUCUGAAAAAGGAAAAAGGAGUGUUGCCAGACAGAGUGGAGGGUAAAGCGCAAAUGCCAUCUGGGAAUGGGUGUACAAAACAGUGACACUGCAUAAGCUGUGCCUACACAGUUACAAGGUGAGUUGACUUGCUAUAUAAAACGUAACAAUGUGGUCGUUCAAUACCCUGUGGUAAUCUAUCUCUCUGCUCAUCUGUCUAUCCCUCUUGGGCAGAGCGGUCCACUAUCCGAAGACGUCACAUGGUACAAAACCAGAAUGCAGAACAAUAAUCUGGAUCAGAAGAUGGAUGUGUGCGUUUUUUCUGUAUGUCUGUGUAUAUACUUUGUGUGUGAGUGUGUGUGUGUGUGUUUAUGUGCGUGUUUGUGUGAGACACAGCCACUGUCGGGAAUCUCUGAUGGUAAUACAGUAAGGCUAUAGUGGACAAACUCUAAAGAUGUAACCCCUAACAAUCAACCAUACACACACUGUCACGUGUAUUCUCAUUGUCUCUCUCUCUCUCUC